AUGGCGGAACAAUUUGAAGACGAUUACUACGAUGAAGAAGACGACGAUUACUACGAUGAAGAUGAAGACGACUACGAAGGUAUGGAUCUAUUGUUUUCGAUGUACGCCAGCGAAGGCUAUUCGUUCGGUGGCCGACAUGUACUCCAGUUUCAUCGACGGAUACUCUACCAGGACUAUGGCUACGAACUGGAAUCGUUGAUAGCCAGCAACCAAUCGGAUCCGUUCGACAACCAGGUCUGGAAAAUCGUGAAUAUCAACCAUCAAGUGGUUCAGGCGCUAAAAGUAUGUCAUCUGAAAUAUAAGUUUGAAUGGGAUUUGCGGUCAUCGUUGUUGGGUUUGUAUCGCGAAGCGGAAACUAUGUGGCCAUUGAAUCAUCCGAACAUAUUGAGGAUUACACAUGUUUUUGGGCUACAGGAGCCGUAUUCAGCGUUCGAAUACUCCUAUCAUUGUAUGGUAAUGGAUAUGAUGGAAGGUACCUUGAAGGGCCUACUGGAGCGCUAUCCCAAUGAAGUUAUGCCCGAAUAUAGUUGUCAUCGAUGGUUCGUACAGAUGGCCUGGGCUCUGGACUAUUUGCAUAACGGGUUACCCAAUGGCCAAUCGAUUAGUCAUCUGGCUCUGAGACCUGUGAAUAUACUCUAUCGUACCGAUCCGGAGACCAGUGAAUACCUGUUCAAAUUGGCCGACUUCGAGGAAGCCCAGGUCUACUAUCGGGGGAACCUAACGUUUUUCCCGAUAAUAGAGGACUGGGUAUUAACGGUUGGUCGGCCCGGGAAAUCAGGCACAGAGAAUUUGUCGGUAUGGCUACCCGACCGAUGGACGUAUACAGUCUCGGCCAUACACUGA